CUGAGGGAGGGAUCAUGAGCAGAGUCUGCAUUUACAGGCAAGUGACACCCAGGAGCCACAGGCUUCUGUAAGUACGAGGUCUGUGCGAGACCCAAGUCAUAGCAAUGGCAUUGUCACUGGAAGAAUUUGUCCACUCUCUUGACCUCAGGACCCUGCCCAGGGUCCUAGAAGUCCAGUCAGGCAUCUACUUUCAAGGCUCUAUUUAUGAAAUGUUUGGAAAUGAAUGCUGUUUGGCAACAGGAGAAGUGAUUAAAAUUACUGGACUCAAAAUUAAAAAAAUCAUAGCUGAAAUUUGUGAGCACAUUGAAGGUCGUGAAUCUCCGCAACCAUUUGAACUGCCUAUGAAUUUUCCAGGUCUUUUUAAGAUUGUGGCUGAUAAAACUCCAUACCUUACUAUGGAAGAAAUUACCAGGACCAUCCAUAUUGGACCAAGUAGACUGGGGCAUCCUUGCUUCUAUCAUCAGAAAGAUAUGAAACUGGAGAAUCUCUCCAUAAAGCAAGGUGAGCAAAUCAUGCUCAACUCAGUCGAAGAAAUCAAUGGAGAAAUAAUGGUGAACUGUGGAGUGAUAAGGAAUCAUCAAAAUCACUCAUUUACUUUGCCUUUGUCACAAGAAGGAGAAUUCUAUGAGUGUGAAGAUGAACAUAUUUAUACUCUAAAGGAGAUUGUUGAAUGGAAGAUCCCCAAGAACAGAACACGAACUGUGAAACUCACAGGUUUUUCAAAUAAGUGGGACUUAACGAAUCCAUUCCCUAAAGGCUUUUAUGGUGCUCUGAUACUCAAGCCUGUUUAUGAAAUUCAAGGUGUGAUGAAAUUUCAAAAGGAUAUAAUCCGCAUCCUCCCCAGUUUAGAUGUUGAAGUCAAAGACAUUACUGACAGUUAUGAUGCCAACUGGUUUCUUCAGCUGUUAUCUACACAAGAUCUUUCUGAAAGGACCAGUAAAGAGUUCCCCAUAGUGGCUGAAGUCAUAGAACCACCUCAAGGAAACCAUCUCCCCAGAAGCAUUUUACAGCCUGGAAAAACCAUUGUGAUUCACAAAAAGUAUCAGGCAUCUAGGAUCUUAGCUUCAGAAAUUAGAAGCAAUUUUCCUAAAAGACACUUUUUAAUCCCCACUAGCUAUAAAGGCAAGUUCAAGCGACGACCUCGGGAGUUGCCAACAGCUUAUGACCUGGAGAUAGCGAAGAGUGAGAAGGAAGCUCUCCACGUGGUGGCCACCAAAGCCUUCCACCCCCUUCAUGAUGAGUUGUCAUCCGUGUCUGUUGGGGACCAGUUUCUAGUGCAUCACUCACAGACGACUGAAGUCCUCUGUGAGGGAAUCAAAAAAGUGGUGAACGUUCUGGCCUGUGAAAAAAUCCUCAAAAAUUCAUAUGAGGCAGCACUGCUCCCUUUGUACAUGGAAGGAGGCUUUGUGGAGGUGAUCCAUGACAAGAAACAGUACCAGAUUUCUGAGCUCUGUGCACAGUUCCACUGGCCCUUCAAUGUGAAGGUCUCUGUGAGAGAUCUUUUCAUCGAAGAAGACAUUCUGGCUGCUACUCCAGGACUGCAGUUGGAGGAAACCAUCACAGACACUUACCUACUCAUAAGUGACUUUGCCAACCCCACUGAAUGCUGGGAAAUUCCAGUCAGCCGCUUGAAUAUGACCGUUCAGUUAGUUAAUAAUAAUUUGUCUCAGGAUACAGGGUCAAUUGUAGUCAAGGCUCUGACUGAAGAGAUCACGGAAGAACAAUAUUACAUGAUGCGAAGAUAUGAAAGCUCUUUCUCGCACCCCCCACCUCGCCCCCCCAAGCACCCCUCAGUGGGAGAAGCAAAGCUAACUCUGCUAAAUGUGGCAGAAGAAAAGACUGUGGGUCUGCCUAAGUCCCCCAAGAGUCUCCAUGUAGAUAUAUCCAAGAAACUGCACUCCAAUCAAGUUGGCCUGGAUUCAAAAGUACCAGCUGGUUGUCAAAAUUCUUUGGCCAACUUGGAGAAAGAGAGAAGCAAGAGUGGGGCACUGCAGCAGCAGGCACUGAUGUAACCACAGAAAUCUUCAAAAAUGAAAAACAUCAAAAAUAACAAGAUUUGACUGAAGCCACUGGUAAUGAAAACAAAUGUUUCAAUGGAAAAGUAAGCAUAGCUUUCUGGCUGAAAAACAACUACUUCCCAAUGGCCUUCCCAAGAAACUUGACUUACCCAUGCAAAGAACAAAACAACUUUAAAAGUUUUAAGAGAUAAAACAAAGAAGAGACCUAUGUAAAGAAUUCAUAUAAUCUACCCUGUUGUACCAAAAUCUUUAUGCAUGGUUUCAUUGUUACUAGGACAUAUUUAUUGAAUGUGCACAUUUUUUGUGGUUAAUUCCACUAACAAUUAUUAAGCAACUGAAAAAUAAUUUGACUUUCAGUUUCUGAGUAAAACCAGCAUGAAGUAGGAUGACAGCUCACCAAGUAUUUACUUCUAUUUUCACAGUUGCUUUUGCCAUUUUUCUGGUGUUAAAAUCAUUCCCUUUAAAAUUAACUCUAAAAAAAUUAUAUCUGAGAGUGAUUUAAAAUACCCAGGCUUCUUAUCUCAUUCUCUUAGAACUGUAAAAAUGAGUUUUACUUCAUGUUUUUAGUUUGUUUUGGAAAUACUCUGUAAAUAAGUGUGUUUGAGGCUUUAACCGCUCAAGCCUUGGUGAGUCACAGUGAUUUUUCCACAACUUUCGUCCCUAUUUUCUAACAACCAGAAUUCAUGAUUGCAAUAUCAGCAAAGUGCUGAUAAUAUACCUUAUUAUUUUAUGUGAUGUAUGUUAGAUAACCCUUUAGGUUGAUGUUUAUUAGGAUUGUAGGGAAACCAUUUUAUUUAUGUAUUGUCAUGUAUUAAAUAUAUAAAGAUAAUAUUAUUUUGCAUCUAACAAAAUGAAGAGACAGAGAAAUUUCUCAUUGAAGUUAUAUCGGAGUUAUAUAUGAAGUUAAUGUAAGUCCUUGGUUUUGUUCACAUGUUAUACUCUUUACAAAAGUUACUUUUUCUAUCUCAUCAUUAUUUUAUGUACAGAAAUUAUUCAUUGGGUUAGUACCAAAGAGUUUCUGAUGACAACAAAUGAGUCAAUUUUUCAACAGAAAAAGAAAAUUACGGUUAGAGAUCUUUUACACAAUGUUUAUAUUGCCGUCAGGUACCCCUUAACAAUGUUUCGGACAAUGAUGGACCCCAUAUACAAUGGUGGUUCCAUAAGUUUAUAAUGGGGCUGAAAAACUUCCAUUGCCUAGGGACGUCAUGGCCAUCAUAACAUUGUUGCACGAAGGUUGCAAAAAAGCAACAAGUCUGUGGAUGAGAUGGCACACAACCUUAACCUGAGUGUGGGCGAGGAUGACUUGGAGGCGCUCUCAGAGGUUGUUCCUCAGCAACUGAUUUGUGAGUUGUUGCAACUAGUUGAAGACUAGGCAAGAGAAAAGGAAAACGCGGGACAAGAAAGAGAAGAAGAACCCCUGAGGAAAAUGAGUGGAGCAUUUAGCAGAAGCUUUUUCACACCUCCCCAAAUUCCUCAAAAUGUUUGACAACAGGGACCCCCGAUACCAAAAGAUAAUCACGGUACAUUAACUAUUUACGAGCAAAUCUGUGAUGAAAAACACAAAGGAGCCAAGCGAACCAUCAUGGACACAUUUCUGAAAAGAGCGGCACCUCCUCCAGGAGAGCCUCAGGCAGGUCCUUCAGGAGGUGUUCCAGAAGAAGGCGCUGCCCUCCCAGGAGUUGACAGCUCUAUGGGUACAGAAGGGGGAAAGUGGAAGAGGGUGGUGUUGAUGAUCCUCACCCUGUCCAGGCCUGGGCUACUGUGUGUUUGUACCUUAGUUUGUAACAAAAAAAAUUUUUAAUUAUGAAAAAGGCUUAUAGAAUAAGACUAUAAAGAAAAAAGUAUUUUUGUACAGCAGUAAAAUAUGCCUGUGUGUUAAGCUAAAUGUUAUUAUAAAGGAAUUGAAGAGUUCAAAAAUUAAAAACUACAUAUAGUAAAAAAGAAGUUACAGUAAGCUAAGGUUAAUUCAUUACUGAAGAAAGAAAAAUCUGUUCUAUGAAUUUAGUGUAGACUAAGUGGACAGUGUUUAUAAACUGUCUGGUAUUAGACGGUAAUGUCCUGGGCCUUCUUGCUCACUCCUCAGUCACUCCCCGACUCCCCCACAGCAACUUGUAGUCCAGUAAGCUCCAUUCAUGAUGAAUGUCCUGUACAGGUAUACCAUUUCUUGUUUUAUACUGUAUUUUACUGUACCUUUUCCAUGUUUGGAAUAUGUUUAAAUAUACAAAUACUUUCCAUUGUGUUACAGCUGUCAGUAUUCAGUACAGUAACAUGCUGUACAGGUUCAGAACACUGUACCACAGAGCCAAGGCGUAUGGCAAGCCAUACCAUCGAGGGUUUUGUAAGUGCACUCUGGGGUUUGCACAGUGAUGAAAUUUCCUAAUGGUGCAUUUCUCAGAAUGCAGCUCCACUGUUAAGUGGCACAUAACUGCUCUGAUUCAGCUUACUUUCCCUUAUCUUUUAAGUGAAAGUGAAUUCUGAUUUACAAUAUCCAAAAGAUUGUUUAUCAAUUUGGUGUGGUAACAGUACUAAUUAAAAUUUCUGAAAAUUUCUGGGAUGGCCUCUGAGAACAACAUCUUGCUUGUUUCAGCCUCUAAGAAAAAGAUCUUUUCAUCUGAUGCCCCCACGAGUGGUUACUGCAACGCACAGAGAGGCCUUUCUCAACUGAACAACCUUGGCCAGCUCAUGUUUUAUUUUUAAAUAAUAAUGGGUACUUAGUUGUGAUUUUUCAGAACAGUUGGGAUAUGAGAACAAUUAAAUCUGUCCAUUUAGUAAGUACAAUUCUUUGAUUAGAAAAAUCAAGAGACUGUCCCUCUUAGUUUGGUUUUACAUCAUGAAGGGCUUUCCAGUGGAAAUCAUACAUAACAUUUCUAAUUUAAUAUAAAUUUUCCUGUGUACUGGGCUUUCAGUUCUUUGAUAUUGAAAAGUGUUAAUAAGGUUUAUUAACCUUAUGCUCAUUGAUGGAAGAUUUGGGGAGGUUGAAAAUAAAUUUUCUCAUUUUAA